AUGAACACUCCAGCAAAAAUUAAAAAGCUCGAUAAAGUAGUUGUCAAUAGAAUUGCUGCUGGGGAAGUAAUACAAAGGCCAGCCAAUGCUUUAAAAGAAUUAAUUGAAAACAGCCUUGAUGCUAAAUCUACUAAUAUUCAAAUUACUGUUAAGGAUGGUGGUUUAAAAUUAUUACAGAUUCAGGAUAAUGGUACAGGUAUUCGAAAAGAGGAUAUGGAAAUUGUUUGUGAAAGAUUUACAACUAGCAAACUGCAAACAUUUGAAGACCUUAAAUCGAUAUCCACAUUUGGGUUUCGUGGAGAAGCUUUAGCAAGUAUAAGCCAUGUAGCGCUUCUUACUAUUAUUACAAAAACAGUUGAUGAAAAAUGUGCUUAUAAGGGUUCUUACAUAGAUGGAAAGUUAAAAGCACCACUGAAGCCCUGUGCUGGAAAUCAGGGAACAACAAUAACGAUAGAAAAUUUAUUCUACAAUGUUGCUACUCGACGAAAAGCAUUCGCAAGUACAGCUGAAGAAUUUGCUAAGAUUAGCGAAGUUGUUACAAGAUAUGCAAUUCACAAUCCAAAAAUAAGUUUUACACUAAAGAAACAUGGUGAAGUCAGUCCACAGGUUCGAACCCAAUAUAAUUCGACGCAUAUGAACAAUAUUCGAACUCUCUUUGGUAAUCCAGUUGCACGAGAGUUACUUGAAAUCGAUCUAGAAGAUGUGACAUACAAAUUCAAAAUGCACGCUCUCGUGACGAAUCCAAAUUAUUCGGCAAAAAGGAUGACACUACUGCUCUUCAUUAAUCAUCGACUUGUCGAUUCAACUCCUAUUAGAAAAAUGCUAGAAGAUUUGUACUCGAUAUAUCUUCCAAAGAAGACACAUCCUUGGUGUUAUGUAUCUCUUGAAAUAAAUUCAAGCAACAUCGACGUCAAUGUUCACCCCACUAAACACGAAGUUCGAUUUCUUCAUGAAGAUUCCGUACUGGAGAAGAUGAAAAUUGCACUCGAUGAGAAAUUAGCCAGUAACAGUGCUGCGAGAACUUUUUAUUUACAAGCUCGCCUUCCAAAAGUGGACAUUACCAAAGAAACUCUUAAAGAAGUUUUACCUGAAUAUGAUAAGAAUCGUUUAGAUAAAACGAAAAAGAUACACGCACGAGAAAUGAUCAGAACAGAUUCAUCCGAACAAAAGUUGGAUAAAUUUAAUUUCACGAUUCAUGCAGGUAUUAACCAUACUAAUAGCGAUACUGCGAAGGAAUCUGGAAAUGUAGAUAUAAAUGCAUCACUUUGUGUGGAAACUAAUACCACUGAAACUGAUCGUACAGUAUCAAAUAUCAGUGAUAUUUCAAACCCGAUAAAUAAUAAGGAUAUUGUCGAAUUCACCAAUUUAAAUGAAAGUUCUACACGUACACAUCCGACUGACGAUGAUUUGACAGACGUUAGCCAAAACCCGAUCGAAGAAUCUCAAGGACAGUGGAGUGCAAUUUUAAAUAAUGCAAGUACUUCUGAAUCAACAUCAAAAUUAAGUGAUGGUCGAGAUUGCGCAGUUGCAUCUGAUCUGUCAGAUCAAGAGAAAGAGAAUUCUAAAGAAACUAAGACAAAUUAUAGUUAUUUUGAUAUGACCAAAGAUGAUAAUUCUGUUAAUCAAGACACAACAAUGGAUGAUUGUUGCGAUCCUGUAGCAAAGAAAGCCCUUGAAAAGGUCUAUCAAUAUUUGGGGAAUCCACAUACACAGAGCAGUAGUUCACAAAAGUCAGGUGCUGAAGCUAAUAAGGAAAAAGAGCAGGAAAAAGAUGUAUUGUGUACAAUACCCGAAAAAUGUUCAUCAUCGAAAAUAAUAGAAACUAAAUCUACACCAGAAUUCAAAUCCUAUUCAGUUAAUAAUUUCAUGAGGGAAGUAAAAUUGAUGAGUGUAUUAACACUGAGAAAGGAAGUAGAAGAUAAUUAUCAUGAAGGACUCAGAGAGAUUUUAUCAAAUUUAAUAUUUGUCGGCUGCGUCAACGAAAAAUUUGCUCUCAUUCAAAGUGGAGUUAAUCUUUAUAUUUGUGAUACUCAAAAAUUGGCCGAAGAGCUUUUUUACGAGAUUAUGAUCUACGACUUUGCAAAUUAUGGAGUUAUAAGAUUUUCGGAUCCAUUAUCACUAUACGAUCUAGCAAUGCUUGGUUUAGAAACAGAAGAAGCUGGAUGGACCGAAGAAGUUGGUAAAAAGGAGGAUUUGUCAACUAGCGCAAAGGAAUUAUUAUUAGAAAAGGCAGAUAUGUUGAAGGAAUACUUUUCUAUUGUAAUUGACAAAAAAGGAUAUUUGAAAUCUUUACCGAUAUUACUCGAGAAAUAUUUCCCAUACGAAGCUGAACUCCCACUGUACAUAUUACGCUUAGCAACUGAAGUGGAUUGGACAACCGAACAGCCUUGUUUUCAAGGAAUUUGUAGAGAGACUGCAAAAUUGUUUGGUUGUGUCAGUCCAAAUGAUGAAACUCAUGACUGGAAACAUGUAACUGAGCAUAUUUUAUAUCCUGCCAUAAAAGAAAGCUUAUUGCCUCCAAAACAUUUUGCUCAUGAUUCCACCAUAUUGCAAAUAGCAAGUUUGCCUGAUAUGUACAAAGUGUUUGAAAGAUGCUGAAACCCUGUAUUGAUACUUUUUUUUUAAAUGAAUAUUUUAUUUUCUACAACUUAUAUCUUUAACUAAAAGAUAAUGUGCCCAUCUCUUUCAAAUACAUUUAUUUAUUUUGAUGUGCAGAUCCUAGACAUACAUUUUUUAACGGCAACAGAAAAUAAGAUAAAAUAUAACAUAAAAUAAUUCCAGAUAAAAACCACCUGGAUUCAAAUUCAAUCAACGAAUUAAACUGCAAAAGUUUCUAUUGAAUUCAAAUUAAAAUGUCAUUGACAUAUUUAUGGACCUAGAGCUUGUAACUCAUUUAGCCCAUGAAGUAGUCUUUGGUUAAGUACCCUUGUCCACUACCGGCUGUACUUGACUGUACUCAGCAUCACCACCCCUUGGGCGUCAGCUUAACUUUUCGUCUGUUGGAAAUAUUCCACGCGAUUUAACCAAUCCCGUUUGUUUGUUAAUACUUGCUUAUCAAUUUACGAGGCAGUCCAUGAACGAAAAUUUUGGUAAUUAGAGCAGUCAUGAAAGUGAUGCCUUCAUAAAUUGAAGUAAUAAUUUAUUAUUAGAUGCUCUGGUCUUAUAAGUUCAUAUGAUUAUGAAAAUUUGAUUACUAUAACAUGAUAACCAAUCAAUUGUUGAACGAAUGUGGGAUUACUAUACACAAUGCUGUAACUGUUAUUUCAAAUUUUCAUACUUGUCGAACCGUUUCAAAUAAAUAUUAUAUUGUGUAUACGUA